AGUCUUCUCUCCACCUCUCCAGAAAUGAAAGAGCAAGUGUAAGUUUGCAAACAGUCUAAAAGCUCUUUCCAUUAGCCCUGGACGCCGGAAACCACAAAGGGCAGUCAAGUUUUGAUUUUCAAGGAGAAAGCCUCUGGUACUCUUUCGCUCAGCCGCCAGGAGAUCUGUUGGUUCCUGGGAGGAGCUCUUCUGAAACCUUGAAGAUUCCUAUGCUCAGGAAGACCCAGAGCGGUGGAUUACAGUAAUUGAAAAGCUUUGGUGGCUUUGGAAGAUUACUGUAUGUUUGGUGUGCGCUCACAUUUCCAGGCGAGGGGACCGAGCAGAGGAACCCCUUUUGUUACCUUUUGAAACAAGAAGAUCAGAAGGGAAGACAGGGUUUGAAGUGUGGAUUAGGAGGUAUCCUAAAUCUUUGCCUAUCACCUCCGCCUGGAUCAUUAUAAAAAGAUCGAGGCGUACAAUGAACUUACGGAAUUAUGCAACGUUUCCUUGAAGCCUGUUCUGGAGCCUAGCUUCCGGAUCCAAAAGCUUCUACAGAAGCAGACCAGCUGGGCUGAAUGGACCAGAAUCUCCGCUUGAAAGAUUUUCAGUCUCAUCUGCUGCUGAGAGAUUCACCUCUGGGGUGACUGGUUUGCUUUUCGGCGGAAGAUGGAGAAACGUAAACAGGGCGGACUGCUGACCCUGCCGUACCACCUGCGCCCGGUGCCCGUGGGCAUGCCAGGCUCCCUGCCCCGCCUCCCCGUGCGGGACCCCUUCAGGGUCCCCAUGCGUCUGGACGCCGCGUGCUGGGAGCGGGCGCGCGGCGGCGGCUGCGCCCCGAGGCGGCCCUACCUGUCCCUGCCGCUGGAAGGCGCCUUCCAGCCCGCCUUCCUCCGCAAGCGCAACGAGCGCGAGCGGCAGCGGGUGCGCUGCGUGAACGAGGGGUACGCGCGCCUCCGAGAUCACCUGCCCCGCGAGCUGGCCGACAAGCGACUCAGCAAGGUGGAGACGCUCCGCGCCGCCAUCCGCUACAUCAGGCACCUCCAGGAGCUGCUGGAGCGCCACGCGCGGGGGCAGGAGGGCGCGGCCGGCGCCGGCCCCCAGCGCAGGGCCGAAUGCAACAGCGACGGCGAGUCCAAGGCCUCGUCGGCGCCUUCGCCCAGCAGCGAGCCCGAGGAGGGGGCCAGUUAGCGAGCGCCGACCCGGCCCGGCCCCUCCCGCUGCUCCGCGCGCGUUUGGAGUCUGCUCUAAGGUUCCCUCCCGAGGUGGUUUGCGUUUGCAAUGUUUUUGGUUUUUGGUUUUUUUUUUUUUCUCCAGAACUAAAUCUUAGCAAAAAGAAAUGAGUGCUUUAGGGGGGAAAAGUUUUUGACUUUCUGGUUGUUUCCACCUCCACCCAUCCCCCUUUAUUGGUUAUGUGCCUGCAACUUAAAGAUGCUUAUGAAACUCUUCCUGUACUUCUCAAAUGCAAACUGUACCAGCCUCUGAACUCCUCAAAGGGCGGAAACAACGGGAAUGUGCCACAGUCAGCGGGGUGGGUAAAUUAGGGACGUAAUACUGAAACAAAUCCAGCCAUAACCAAAGAAGAACUUUCCAAAACUAGCUAACUAAAUGACAGUCCUUAAGAUGAGAGGAACGUUUUUCCUGCAUUCCUUCAUUUGGGAAUUUAUGAGAAAUGUAAUUGACAUGGUGCUUUGGAUGAAGGUGACCCUAAGCUGACACCUGAGAACAGGUUUGCCAGACCGCGCAGCUAGACCAGCCUGUGCUGUUGACUGGGCGUGUGGAUGGCAGUGCCAGAAGGGACAUUCCAUAUUUGAAGCAUCCUGUUUUAUCAAAUAGUGGUCAUGUGGAAACUUCAUAGCAUUUAGCAGAUAACAUAUGUUAGUGGCAAUGAUCUUUUUGGGAGAGAACUCAGAUUUGUAUGAAAACUUACUUUUCCUCUCAGUUGUUUUUGUCCAUUGUAUUUUAAUUUUUUUUACACAGCCUCCUUUUUCUCACUCCAUCAACUUUCAGUUAAAGUGACGCUGUGACCUAAAAAAAAAUGCUUAGAUGGUGAAUGGGAGCGAUUGAGAGUUGGUACAUCCUCAAACUUUUAUCACCUUGAAGGCUUCCAGGUAUAUUAAAAUUGUCUAGUGACUUUGGAAGUCUUUUAAAAAUACUUCAUUCUGGUCAUUUUUUUCUGAGAAACAAUUAUAAAUUCAGUAGAUAAGUCUGAUACUUGUUGACAUAUGAAGAUAAGUUUCCUCUCUCUAAAGUUUUCUAAUAUGCUGAAUUUCGCUUUCCACAGAGACAGCUUUGGUAUGGGGUCGGGGGAUUGGCGAGGAGCCGGGCAGGAAAUGGACAAAGAGAAAACUAACAAGCUGAGCUCUUUCCAGGUAUUAUUUCACUUAAGUCCCACACUGAGGUAGGUUUUAUUACCCCCUUUCUACAGACGUGUGAACGGAGGGAAACUAAUAAGCAAUGAACAUCUUUUUGCCAGAAAUUUUGUGUGCUUUUCACAUUUUGUCCUACUUAUUCCCAUAAAUCUGUGAAGUGGAUAUUAUACAUAUUUGUGGUUAAAAAGAAAAAAUAAAAUAAAAAGAGGCUGGGAGAGGUUACAUGCCUUGCUCAGGUUGGUGUUGCUAGAAUUAGUUGAGCAGAGAUCCAGUCCUAAGUCGGCCUGACCCUGAAGCCAAGGCUUGCUUUCUCCCUGACCAUGCUCUCCCUUGCCCUGUCAUUUGCUAGCUAGGUGACCGAGCAAAUGCUCCUUAACCUCUCCGCAGCUCAGGUUCCAAAUCGUUGUCUACUACUUCACAGAAGCAUAGGUUAAAGACCUAGGUACUCUGCAAGCUACAAUCCUGUGAUUGUUAGUAGUGCUAUUGUUUGCAGAAAGUACUAUUUAUUAGCUCUACGGAGAGUAAGCCUGGUUAAAAAUGAUCUCCGGAUGGAAUGAAUGUGAUUUUUUCAGUGUUCAGGAGGAUGGGGUAAAUCACGCUUUAUUAGGAUUCUAUCUUCUGUUGUAAGGUUCUGGGGUACUUGACUGGUGGAAUGCUGAAUCCAUGUUAAAAUGUAUUAUUGUUAAUAUUUAUGAUAAUGAAUUAUUAUGGGAUUCUGUUGUUUUUGACUGCUCAGAUAAAUGCUGUGCAAUGAUUUACCACCAAACUUUACUUUUUCUUAAGAAGCAGAGAGAAAUUGGGAGAUUGAGAUUGACAUAUAUACACUAAUAUGUAUAAAAUAGAUAACUAAGGAGAACCUACUAUAUAGCACAGGGAACUCUGCUCCACUUCGCUGUACAGUAGAAACUAACACAACAUUGUAAAGCAACUAUACCCCAAUUAAAAAAAUAGAGAAGAAAAAAGAAGCCGCAGCAGAGCUUUGUGGUUUAAAUGAGCAAGAUGGAACAGCUAUUUUCUCUUACCCAUUAGUUAGUUACAUUCUCACAAACUCCUGUAAUGUAUCCAUUUUUUUCCCCAGGCUGGUUCUUAUUUUAAUGAGGGUUUCAGUGAAGCCAGUAUAAGAGAGAUAUAUUCGCUAAUUAGGGGGAGGAAAAAAGCGGGGAGGGGGCGAUGAGCACUCAUGUUACCUUUCUGGCUGUGCUGGCGGAGAGGCCAAUUAACCAAGAUGUUAAUUGGAGAACCCUGAGAGACUUUUUUAGGAGUAUUCGAUGGGCAGUAAUAACACUCUUCAUUCCUUUUUUCUGGCUCAGCUAAUGGGCAGGCACGUUGACAUUCUCUUUACUAAAGUAGGAAUAAUAAUAAAAGAGUAUAUUUUGUUUAAUCUGUACAGGUUAUGUGGUUGCUUUUAAUGCGGGGGGAAAAAGAAAAGAUUUUUUCUUCAUUUACA